CCUCGCUGGCGCUGCCUGCCUCUCCGCACUCGCUGCUCGCGCCGGGCGCGCUCCGCCGGCUCCCUGCUCUCCGCGCCACCCUCCUCCGGGCCGCGCUCCCUGAGGGAUGGUACUGAAUUUCGCCGCCACAGGAGCCCGGCUGGAGCGCCCGCCCCGCGGCCUCGCCUCCCCGCCGAGCCGCCAGCGCCUCGGGACGCGAUGAGGACCUGGGCUUGCCUGCUACUCCUCGGCUGCGGAUACCUCGCCCAUGCCCUGGCCGAGGAAGCCGAGAUCCCCCGCGAGGUGAUUGAGAGGCUGGCGCACAGUCAGAUCCACAGCAUCCGGGACCUCCAGCGACUCCUGGAGAUAGACUCCGUAGGGGCUGAGGAUGCUUUGGAAGCGAGUCUGAGAGCCCACGGGAGCCAUGCCACCAAGCAUGCACCUGAGGAGCCGCCCGUGCCCAUCCGGAGGAAAAGAAGCAUUGAGGAAGCCAUCCCCGCAGUCUGCAAGACCAGGACGGUCAUUUAUGAGAUACCUCGGAGCCAGGUCGACCCCACGUCUGCCAACUUCCUGAUCUGGCCCCCGUGCGUGGAGGUGAAGCGCUGUGCAGGCUGUUGCAACACCAGCAGCGUCAAGUGUCAGCCUUCCCGCGUCCAUCACCGCAGCGUCAAGGUGGCCAAGGUGGAGUACAUCAGGAAGAAGCCAAAGUUAAAAGAAGUGCAGGUGCGGCUGGAGGAGCAUCUGGAAUGCACAUGCACAGCCAGCGGUCUGAACCCGGACCACCGGGAGGAGGAGACGGGUAAGCCCCGGGAGUCAGGUAAAAAACGGAAAAGAAAGAGGUUAAAACCCACCUAACGCAGCCAACCAGGUAGGAGCUGUGUGCGGAUGUGCCUCGGUCCUGUGGGUGGGAGGUGCACCGGCUGAUCACACGGCGAAUCCCUCCCGUGGCGGCGAGCUCGCGGCUCUGAUUGAUCGGCCCUGAUCGGCCUGCAAGCUUCCGGUGUCUGGCUGGGCUGUGGGUCUGCUCGCUCGCGUCCCCUGCUGCUCCAGAGUCCCCGCUCUGGCUUGGGUCUCUUGCGUUGAUUGGGGAGGCCCCGGCGUCACAGGACUGGAGUGAUUUGGGUUCCUGAACAGCAGUGGGGUAGCUCUGAUGUUUAUUAGCUGGGAUCACCACCUUGGGCAGGUUACCCAUCCCAUUUGACAGAUGAAAGACUGAGGCUUACAGGGAUGAUAGGUAAGGGAAUUGAAGACUGCGUGGAUCCUAUCUGAAAAUGUUUUAUAGACGUGUAGGGCUGUUGGCUACUGUGUUGGAAAGUGGCUUCUGGUAACACACCAAAGCCAACAAGGGCUGAGAUGCGGUAGACGUUCAGGUGCAGGUAUUGCAUCCUCCAGGUAUCAUCAGGGACCCUCUCCCAUGCAGGACUGGGGCCGUCUAUCCUCAGAGUUGCUUCAUGGCUCGGCAUGGCUGCUGAAGCUCCAGAAAUCACAUCUACACUCCAGGUUGGAAGAGUAAUGUUGGGAGAGGGGCAAAAGAACCCUCUUAGAGAAGUCCCACCCAGUGACUUCUGCUCUGAUACACUGGUCGUCCUUCAGCUGCAAGAGGACCUGGGCAGCGUAGUCUUGUAGAGAGGCAUACUGCUUCCCAGAGGAAAAUGGGAUUUGGGCAACCACAGUCAUCAUGGAGGCAGUUUCCAGCCUUCCUGCUCCUUGUUGUUGACCUGUCUGCUCUGGAGAGCCUAGUACUUGCCUCCGGCCACGUGUGAACCCAUGGCAUCCCAAAUGGGUGGUUGUAGGAAAAAUUCUUGGAGAUGGUGUCUCAGAGCCCAGGUGCUGGUUCAGUGACUGCAGAAAGCUGCCAGGUCAGCAGUGUUGAGGCCAGCGGGUCUGGUCCAUUCAUAAGAAUCAUCUGGGGAGGAAAGGAUCCACUAGGGUGGGUUCCUGAAGCAGCCUCAAAACAAUUUCUUGCCUGUGAUUUUUGCUUUCCCCAAGGGUGUGGCUCUGGGGGUGGUUUUGUGCCGGCUUGUGCAUCCAGUCUGUACACCAUCGACUGGGCUCUGGCCUCCAUGGGCCAGAUGAUGACAGAGAUGCCAAGUGAGAGGCAAGUGGCCUCCCUGCUAGCUUGUGGGUAGUACCGGUGUUGGGACAAGCAGUGAACAGGUAAUGUGGAUGGGGAAGAGCUGCUCUUAGCUCAGAGCUCAGUGUAGAUCUGCUUGCCUGUCUGGUGGUAUCCAUCCUCAGGGUUGUCUCAUGGCCCAGGAUGGCUGCCAGAGCUCCAGAAAUCACAUCAAGCCCUCUGCUGGCAGUGAGGGGGAGGAGGAACAUGAGGAAAAAGACAAAAAAAUAACCAUUCUGGGCCUCAGUUUCCCUCAUCUGUACAAUGGGAGAAUGGGGCUUGUUCUAAGGAAUGUUCUGUGAGAUCCCAAGAGCCUAGUCCCAGUUCUGGUCAGGAGGUUACAGAAAGGGUACUGAGGCAUAUUUGACUUGAAAAAUGCCACAAACCCCUCAAAUCCUGAGGUUUAUCCCGGUGUGUGAGUGUGUCCCCCUGCUUGGGUGAAGUGUCUCCCUGUGGUCCCCGUCCACACUGCCGCGCGCAUGCUCGGUCCCUCGUCAGUGUCUGUUUCUCUCCCCUCUCCUUGCAGAUGUGAGGUGAGGAUAAGCCAGCAGCCCUUUUCCGGGACACGGAUGUACAUGGCGUGUUACAUUCCUGAACCUACUAUGUACGGUGCUCAUUGACAGCGUGCGGUCUUUGUUCUCCUCCGUGAAAAACCGUCUCCGUGCACACUCUGGAGAACAAAGAGACAGUAUACAUUUGUUUAAUGUGACAUCAAAGCAAGUAUUGUAGCACUCGGUGAAACAAUAAGAAGCUUCCUUGUCAAAAAGAGAGAGAGGGAGAGAGAGCAAAGAGAACCACAAAACAUGACAAACAAAACGGACUCACAAAAAUAUCUAAACAGUUGUUGGAAUGGAGGGACACCCCGUGGGAUGGAAGCGAUGUGCCUCGGCGGACCGGAUUUCUGUCCAGGGUUACAGGUGCUUCUGCCAGGGACACAGCCUGCUUUCUGGAGGACUCCGGGCGGGGGCCGAGGGCCCUGAGGGCACGUGGGAGCAGGGAUAUCUCAGAACCACCACGGGACUUAGAAACACAUCUCCUUGCCGUAGUGUUUAAGUCUAUACAGAAACCUUCCCGAGAGCCUUAAGUGGAUUUUUUUUUUUACACCAUAAAGUGAUUAUUAAGCUUUCCUUUUUACUCUUUGGCUAGCUUUUUUUUUUUUUUUUUUUUUAAUUAUCUCUUGGAUGACAUUUACACCGAUAACACCAGGCUGCUGUAAGUCAGGACAGUGGGACCGUAUUUCCCCUCGCAGGAUGCAAACAAAUGAGAUGUAUUAAAAUAAACAUGGUAUAUCCACCUAUGCAUCACUUCCUAAAUGUUUCUGGCUUUACGUGUUUCUCCCCUGCCCCAUUUUAUCUUACUUUUUAAUUUAAGCCAUUUCGAGAGAACUAUGCGUGAACCAAUCGAGUCCGUCCCAGGCCUGCCGCUCCCAGUCCUCGCCGCAGCGAGGUGGCCCCGUGCCAGUGUUUGGACAGAAUCUAAAUUCUUUAUUUUUGGUAAGAUGUUACGCUUUACAUGUAUUCAACAGAAAUGUGUGUGUGUUGUGUUUUUGUUUUUGUUUUGUAAAGGUGAAGUUUGUAUUUUUAUCUAAU